GCCAGAACAGAGCAACAGCCUGGGCCCAAGUCCCACUUACCCGUAUCCUUCAUUUCUGACCCUAGAUUAAAGAGAUCGACGGUGCGAAAUGAAAAUUUUCGACAAGUGGAGGGCUUGGCUCCUGGGCUACGCGAGCUGAAGGAGCAGCACAGGUCGGGAAGAUGGGCUGGAUUUAUUACCGUCGAGACGAGAGGGUGAGGGAGGAGGAGGUACCGGAGAUGGAAGGAGCAGGAGGAAGAGGAGGGGGAGAAGGAAAGGAGGAGGAAGAAGAGGAGGAGGAGGAGGAGGAGGAGGAAGGGGGGAUAGUCCUACUGCGAGUACUCGCCGGCGGCAUUGCAGUGACUUGUCCGUGUCCAUGGUAUAGAGAGCAGAAGUGGCUAAGUGAUUCUUCUCUGCUGACUCCCCAGCCUGAGGGCGGAAUUGCGAAUAUGAAUCCGAAAAGCGACUGGGAUGUGAAGGGUAACUGGGAGCUGUUGCGCGCGGCCUUCAUCGAGCUUGGGCUGCCCAAAUGGGUGUAUGACCCAGCUGGCAUUCAAGCUGCGAGGUUCAAGUCCUGCUAUUCCAUCCUUGUGAUGUGCUACUUCCUAUACCACCUUCUGGAGAAUGUCAGUUUCUCUGUCGACUUCUCACAUCCGAUCGAGCUAGGGCUGGCUGCAUUCCUGCAAUCAACAGCAUCCAUCGACUGUCUGAAACGAGGAGGGGGGUUCAUGGAGCCGACAACCGGCGGAGAGGAGGCCAUGGGAGAAGGACAAAGGGGGGUUAGCAGGUCGACGAGCGAGAGUGUGUGUCAGACGUCAUUCUCCGAAGACGAGGAGGGCGGCAGCGAGUGUGCAGCACAGGCAAGCAGCAUGAUGUGCAAGCCAGUCUCAGCAAAUGGAGAAAACAGAAUCGUUGACGAUCACAGCUACGUCAUGACAGGUGGUGCAGAUCCUAAUCAGAGUCAUCCAUCAGCAGAUUCCAGCUCAAACGACAAAGGGGAAGCCAGAGAAGAUGGGGACGAGAGGGAGGGAUUUCGGAGCCAUGACGGCCACGGCGGCCAGUUCCGAGUCAUGUCUGCGGCUGCGGGUCCUCAGACCGUCCACGAUCAGAGUCAUGCUGAGACGAAAAGCACAGACGAGCAGGCGGCGAAGAUGAAGAGGUUGGAGGAGGAGAUGAAGAGAGUACAACAAGAGGAGGAAGAAAGAAGAAAAGUUGCUGAAGCAGAAGCGRCAKCAGAAGAAGAGAAAGAGAGAAUGAGAAUUGAGAGUGGAGAAGGGAGCAGUGGUGGCACGAUGAAGUGGGAGACAAAUACUGAGCUGGAGAAGAAGAUCAGUGAGUGGGUCGCUAAUUUAUCGUUGGGGGAAGACGAGGAGGCGGAGUCAUAUGUUACUAAGGAUGAGAAGGCUGCGCUGGCCGCUGAGCUAGCAGCCAUGACGGACCCGAUGGAACGAAGAGAGAGGGAAGACGAGCACAAGUUAGCAUGGAAGCUGAGAAUGAAGAGGGAGAAGAAGAGGAGGAGAGAGGAAGUGAAUAAGAUGAUCGCAGAAAUGGCAAAGGUGCAGGAGUGUAGAGCGGAGGUGCUGGCCCAGCCAGAUGAUAAGGCCAAGUGGGACAAGGUACUGGGCUACCUAGAGGUGUUGAGCAAGGCCUGGAUGGAGGAGCGCCAGGCAAGCUGGAGCCAAGAUGUAGCGUUGAGUGCCAUGCGGUCCAGUUUCAGGGAUUUUGCGCGCGAAAUCGUCACCCACAUUGGGGGCGAAGUCAAGCAGUUGAGGGACAAUGUAGGGAAGUUUUGUGAGGGCGCCAUUCAGGGUGCCAAAGUUGUAGCCGCUGUAGAGGGAGAGGCCAGACCCCGUAAGGACCCAGUGAAACUUAAGUUCCCAGAUGCGUACGGGGGAAAGAAGGAAGAAAACUUUGACAACUGGGAAGCCAGUGUCAAUAGUUAUAUUUACUUGCAACAUAUCCUAACAGAGGAACAAGUCCUCGUGGCCUUCCAGGCCCUCAAAGAUGAAGCGGCUAGUUUCACCAGGUCUCUUGCGCGUACAGCCAGUUGUGAAAACAACCUGGUUGCAUAUUCCAAAGUCACCCCUCUUUCCCAAGUCCUCAAGCUCCUCAAGGAGCGUUUCGCUGACCCAACGCGAGGCAUUAGAGGCUCUGAUAAGCUGCAAACGAUCCACUCACGGCAGUGGAGGAGUGCCAAGGCACUCAAGGGUACCAUGGACGACUUAGUGGCCGUUCCGGACCAUGGGGUCACUGAGACCCAGUUGGUCUUGGAGAAGCUUAGAGAAGCUAAUUUCAAGAUCAACGCGAAGAAGUGCAAGUGGGCCAAAACGCAAGUCUUGUACUUGGGCCACGUAUUAGACGGAGAUGGCAUCAAGCCAGAGGACAGUAAGAUCGCGACGAUUAGAGACUGGCCGACGCCCCACACAUUAACAAAAUUGCGGUCGUUCCUAGGCUUAGCUAACUACUAUAGGAAGUUCGUGAGGAACUUCUCCACUAUCGCCGCUCCCUUGCGCCGAUUGCUGAAGAAGGACAAAGACUGUACGUCUGCGCUCAAGAAGCUAAAGCGCGCGUUAAUAGAGUAUCCUGUCCUCAAAGUUGCAGAUCCGUCUUUGCCAUUUGUCGUCACCACRGACGCGAGUUGGUAUGGGAUAGGCGCCGUGUUGCAGCAAGAUGACGGCAAUGGCUAUAGACCCGUAGAGUUCAUGUCAGCGAGGAUGCCCUGUGARAAGGUCGCUACCUCCACGUACGAGAGAGAACUCUACGCUCUCAGGCAGGCUUUAGACCAUUGGAAGCACUACCUGCUUGGGAGGCUUUUCAAAGUGUAUUCGGACCACGAAACGCUUAGAUGGUUAAAGACUCAGGCCAAGAUGACACCUAAGUUGACUAGGUGGGCCGCAGAGAUAAACCAAUUCGACUUUGAGCUCAAGCCAGUGAAGGGCAAGUACAACGCAGUUGCGGAUGCUCUGAGUAGGAGAUCAGACUACUUUGGAGCCGUAGUACACUAUCUGGAUAUAGGGAGAGCCCUGCAAGAGAAAGUGAAGCAAGCGUAUGCACAGGACCCUAUCUAUAGCGACCUCCUAAAGAGAGUUAGAGAGGCCCCAGAGACUGAACCAGAUUACCGCACUACAGAUGGGUUGCUGUUCGAGAAGACUAAUGUGUUUGACCGCCUGUGCGUCCCCAACAGCGAAGAGAUUCGCAGUCUAAUCUUAGGGGAAUGCCACGAUACUGAAGGGCAUUUCGGUUGGCAAAAGACAUUAGCCAACCUGAUGCGUGCGUAUACCAUGCCAGGGAUGAAGAAUGACUGCAUAAAAACGACGCUGGCCGGAGCUGGGGCGUAGCCCUGUAACCUGCAAUUGGGCAGGAGCGGGAGGCCUUGUAGAGAGAUCUGGGGUUAGCUGAGGGAGGAAAGCAAACCAGCGGCGAACCGGGUGGGCUGCCUCAACAACCUAUGGGGUGGGGUUAGUCUAGGUGGUGAGAAGAGAUCAGCUAUAAUGGUAGUCGUUGGUUAGGUUGGUCUUGUCCCUGAGUUGGAAUAUCAUGGUAAGGGAGAGCUAGGAGUUGUUCUAGGAUUAGGAGUCCAGAACGGCUAAGAUAGUACAAUUCUUUUUUUUUCAUCGCGAUCAUUUCCAUCAUACGCAUUUUCCUUCAUUCAUAUGAACCAAUCAAAUUGAAUGCCAUGA